CUUAAAAUUAUGCUCAACAGAACAUUUGAAAAUAAUUUACCAUUAAUACAUUAACUUUUUAUGCCCAAAAUCAUGUCACAUAUAAAUUAUAGUUCAAAUACAUCAGAAUCAGAUUUGAAUGAAAUAUCAUUUUCAUUAAUUGAUUCAAAUGAAGAGCAAGAAAUUAGCUAUGAAGAAGUAGAAGAAUUAAAAAAUGAAUUGAUAUUCGAAACAGAACGACGAAGAGAAUUGCUAAAAAAUACACAGACAGUCGUAACCACAUCAGGAUCUUUAUGUUCAUUAUCUUUGUCAACUACAACAAUGGCGAUAACAUCAUCAUCACCACCACCACCAUCCAUGUCAUCAUUUUCACCACAGAAACAAUUGCCACUGAUCAGUAGUCAAUUGACUUCAUAUAGUGAAACGAAUAGAAAAUGUUUGGCUACAACAAAACAUGAUCGUCGAAUGGCUAAACAAAUGACAGAACGAAAACGACGUGAUCGUAUCAACGCGUUAUUAGAUAAUUUGAGGACACUUAUUUUGAAAUUAUUGCAUAAAAAUCCACGUCAUCAUCGGAAAUUAGAGAAAGCUGAUAUUUUAGAACUGGUUGUUUCGUUUCUUAAAAAAGAACUACAUCAAAAUCGUUUUAGAACAACACCGUCUAAUUCUCAACAACAACAACAUCAGAACAACUGUGGAUCAAUUUAUUCAUUGCAAAAUUUAAAUUAUUCUUCAGGAAUUGAAUCAUCAUUAGCAUCUAUAGUUUAUCCUAAUAAUCAUAAUGAUUAUUAUCAACAUCGUUUAAUACCAUCAAUUCCACAAUCAAAUCAUCAAUUAACAAAUAAUUAUUAUUUUAUGAAAAAUCAUGAUAAUGGUGCAUCGAAAAUCAAUAAUUAUCCCAUUUCUAAUCAUAUUGAACAGAAUGCUAAACGUGUUUAUCCAACAAUAUCAUAUCAGUCAUCGUAUAAACAUCAACAUCAAUCAUUACCGUCAUCUCAUUAUUCCCAAUCAACAAGUUAUCAACCAAUUGUAUUUACGUCAACAGAUGAUAUGAAUAAGGAAAAUCAAUUGAUAACUGGUAUUGGAAAUCUGCAAAACGACACGAAUACACCAAUAAUAAAAGAUUUACAUUAUUAUCCGACGUGUAAUUAUGACGAUUAUACAUUUGAACAAGAUGCAGUCCGUCAACCAUUAAAUAUAUUAAAUAAAGCUAAUAACUUCAUUGGUCAAAACAACUGCUACUAUUCAGAUUCUAAAAUAAUCAACCAAACAUGUCACCAUCAGAUUCAACCGACUACACACUCGAAAAUUUAUCCAGAUAUAUUAAAUAGUCACUUAAAUUAUAAACUAUUGCCAAUCAAAGAUGAAAAUUAUUCAAAAUCGUACCCAUACAAUAAUUACGAUGUGGGUAACCAAUCAUUUCGUAGCGUUAUUAAUCAUGAAAAGAACAAUAGUGAUGAUAAUAAUAGUUCAGUUUUUACCUUUGGUAAUGAAAGACUAUGUUCAAAAGAAACGACAAGUUUUGAAAGAUUGUGGAGACCAUAUGUUUGAAUUUUAAUCCAUUUCAUUUAUAUUUAUGAAGCCUGAUUAUAAGUCAUCAAUUUAUUUGUAAUUAAUCAUUUAUUUACGAAUUUUUCUACUGUUAGUUUAAAAUAGCUAAUACAUAGAAUGCCAACAAUUUAUUACACAUCAUACAUACACUGUCCCAUUUUCUUAUCUAUUUUGCAUGAGCUACUGAAAUUUAUUUGAGUAGUGUAAAUUUACUUUUGAAAUAUAUGUGUGUAUUAAUAUAACGACUAAUAUAAGUAAUCUGUUUC